AUGAAUUUAGCAAAUUUCAAGUUCGAUUUCUGGGGAUCAACGGUUUUACGGGUUGUGAUACCCCAAAUGCUUAUUAUUAUCUUACUUAUUUCUUAUGUAUUAUUCGGUUCAGCAAUGUUUGUUCUUUUGGAUAAUACUUUGGCCAAGGAGAAUUUCACCGAUAUUAUUCUUUUCUCAUUUACAACUAUUGCCACGAUAGGCUAUGGCAACAUUACGCCAUCCACGCCAUUAGCGCAAUUAUUUUGCAUAGCUUUUUCAAUAAUCGGUAUUCCGAUGACUCUUUUAACAUUGGCAAAUCUUGGUAAGUACCUUACGAAAAGCUAUUGGAUGGCUCUAAUAUGCCUUGGUCAGGAAAUGCGUUGGCGACCUUGUGAAAAUGCAAAGAUGCCUCUACCAACAGUCAUUGUCUUAUUUUUAAUUACAUUUGCUUUUGGCUCGAUACUGUUUUAUCAGAAAGGAAGAGGUUUCACAGUAGACGACCUGUAUUUCAGCAUCAUCAGUUUUGCUACAGUUGGAUUUGGCGAUAAAUUCCCAACAGCAGAUGAUCCAUUACGUUUGAUUGCUAUGAUUUGCUAUUUGGUCUGGGGUAUGAUUCUGAUGACUACCACAUUUUCCAUUGUUAGCACUUAUUUGAGAACAAUCCAUUAUUUAGGGCGAAAAUUACGAGGAGCUCGUGAUGUGCAUGUGUGGUUUGGAGGUAAAAGUAUGAAAGUCUCGAAAUUACUUGAAAUUGUUGCAGCUGAGCUAAACGCAUCACCCCGUCAAUUAAAGGGUGUCUUAAGAGAUCUCGAUAACUUGAUAUCAGUUGCUGCUGAAGAAAACCAGCUGCUCUCAAGGCGAUCGUCAAUACUGUUUAAAGGUCGAUGUUCCGUGAAAAAACGUAUAGGAUAUUCUCUUCAAAUGUAUGAAAGAAGUGUAGUCGUCUACUUUUAUCAAUCUUCUGUUUCACAAAAUAUUCAUAAUCUUAAUCAUAUGGUUACUGACAGCGUGUUCGAUACAGCGCAAGAAAGAAGCAAAUUGCUUAAUCAAAACUUCAUCAAAGAUCGAUUGGUGAUUGGAAGACGACAUUCGAUUGACUUAGGUGAACUUGAUCGACGAACAAUUGUGAAAUUUGAAGUUUAA